AUGGCUGCUGCAGACCACCGCACGGAAAGGGCGGCCUCGAUUGCCUCCUCUUCCACCGAGGCUGGCGCCUACGACGAGAAUGAGAGGCUCGCCAAGCUCGACCACACCGAGGAUGGCAUGAAGAGCAAGACCCCCGAGGAGAUGGAGAUGGGAGAUGAGAGCGAGGACAAGACCCUCCUGCCCCAGGAGACCGAGAAGCCGCAGCCGCCCAAGAACUCGUUUCUGUCGGCGUUGAUCUGGAUGGUCAUCAACACCUUGGCCACCAUUGGCAUUGUUUUCACCAACAAGGCCAUCUUCUCGGAUCCCUCGCUCAAGCUGGCCCAGCUGACGUUUGCCGCCUUCCAUUUCACCAUUACCUGGCUCACCCUGUUCGUCCUGUCGCGCCCGCAGUUCGCCUUCUUCGCUCCCCGGAGAGCCGGCAUCCGCGACAUCCUGCCGCUCUCCGUGGCCAUGGCCCUGAACGUCAUCCUGCCCAACCUGUCGCUGGCGUUCUCCUCGGUCACCUUCUACCAGGUUGCCCGCAUCCUGCUGACGCCCUGUGUCGCUGCCAUGAACUUUGUUCUCUACCGGUCGACUCUGCCCAUGAACGCCAUUCUCGCUCUCGUCCCCGCCUGUGCUGGUGUGGGCAUUGUCUCGUACUACGACUCUCUUCCCACCGACGACGCCAACGUGAAGACCACCUCUGGCCUCGGGGUCAUUUUCGCCUUCACCGGCAUCUUCGCCUCGUCUCUGUACACCGUUUGGAUUGCGAGCUACCACCGCAAGCUGCAAAUGUCGAGCAUGCAGCUCCUCUUCAACCAGGCGCCCGUUUCCGCCUUCAUGCUUCUCUACGUCAUUCCCUUUGUCGACACUUUCCCCGUGUGGACCGAGGUUGCCGUCAGCCGCUGGAUCAUGAUUCUUAUGUCUGGUCUUUUCGCUUCCCUGAUCAACAUCUCGCAAUUCUUCAUCAUCGCUCAGACUGGCCCUGUUUCCAGCACUGUCGUCGGUCAUGUCAAGACCUGCACGAUCGUUGCCCUGGGAUGGAUGACUUCUGGCCGUGCCAUCGGUGACAAGUCUGUUCUCGGUGUCUUCAUUGCCCUUGGCGGCAUUAUCGCUUACUCCAUUGUGAUGCUUAAGGAGAAGGCCAGGGGCCAGCCGAACAAAUAA